AGAAACUGUGGAACUCUAACCAUGACUUUACUAACGUUUUUUGAAAGUUUAUGAUCAUUUUUAACACAGAUAAUCCGUAAUCUCACAGAUCGUCUUUUCUGAAAUAAAGCAAAUACUGUCACAGGGAGAUCGCUUGGGUCUCGCAUGUCAAAAAAUAUUUUACAAAGAAAGUGUUGUAUUAUAUUUAGAUGACCUUGGACCCUUCUGCCUAUUUUUUGUAUUUAUUGACAUAAAAUUAAAGUUGUGUUUGAAUAAGAAAUUCAUGAUUUGAAAUUACAGGUACACAUUUGUUAGGUUCAGCUGUUUCUAGACUAUUAAACAACAAUAUAUGGCGAGUAAUAUUUUAAGUAAAAAUAAAUGCGUUGUAUGGCCUCCAUUUAACACUGUGACUGUGUCGGCCAUUGGAGAUGACAAAGCUUUGACGUAUUUCCGCGUAGAAAGAAAUGGAAGCUUGUUUGUAAAUAGUGAUUUAAGGGCAGAUGCAGAGACUAAAUUCUUGUUGCGAUUAUUGGCUGAGGACGGAGGCUCACCAAGGAAAACGGCUAUAGCGACAGUAUUCAUUACUGUAAACAGAAACCUUGCUGCACCCCAGUUUAACCCUGCUUCUUACACCCAGACAAUUGUAGAGAAUUUUCCAGUUGGCAGUGAAAUUGUUACAGUAACAGCCACCGACAGUGACCGUCAUGCACCGAGCAACCAAUUCAAAUUUAGCAUAAAAGGUGAUACAAUGACAAAGACCUACUUCUAUAUUAGUCCAGAUUCUGGUCAGAUUUCUCUGAAACAGACGAUAAGAGGAAGUGGAAUCGAUCAAUUCAAGUUACAAAUCAUUGCAACUGACGAAGGAAUUCCGCCGUUGCUUGGACAGGGAACAGUGAUAGUAAACAUUAUAGAUUCACCAUAUACAAACGAAAGCUGUGAAACAAAUUUACACCCUCCAAUAUUUACAGCACCUUUAUAUUUUGUUAAUGUACUAGAGGGAGACUACUCAUUCAACAACCAAUUGCUCUUACAAAUUAUUGCUUCCGACAACGACGUUGGAUUAAAUGGAAAGAUAGUAUUUGACAUCCAAAGCGUUUCCAACAACGGAGCCGGAAAGUUUAAAUUAGUUGAAACCGAACAGGUCGGAAGGAUAACCUUAACAUGCGUCAGCAGUAUAUCUGGAGGAGAAACCUAUGUGAUAAUGCUCCGUGCAUCAGACAUGGCUCUCCCAAUAUAUAGAAGAAGAAGUUCUUCAGUUCAAAUAGAAGUUAAAGUUGUUCCGUUUUCAGUACAUUAGAGCAGGUGGAAUGGGUUCAAUUUUAAUUAGCCUGCCAUAUUGAUGAAAAUUAUUUGAUAAACGAAAAUGGAUCAAGAGUGUUAUCAAAGUUGGAUAAAAAAAUAACCCAGAACAGCUUCAAACUCCUAGUAGCAGAUUUCAAUUUACAUUAUCCGAUGUAUUGCAACCAAAAUUAUUCAUUAUACCAAUUUUAGUUCACGUCUAAAGGGUUUCCGAGGUAGUUUAUAAUUUCUGUAUGCUUCAUAAAUUUA